AGCUCUGUCAAUGGAUCCGCCGUCUAAUUUGCUGCAUUUCUAUGAACUUUUUGAGACCCCGUGUGAGAAUUUUCCAUUGCAUGAGAAGCCGCCGCUGAGUCGGUGCCGUGAGCAAAGUCCGCGCUUGCUUUUGAUUAGGUAAGUCGGUGCGGUGGGAGGUUUUCGUAAAAAUCAUACGCGCGUGUGUAUGUUGGUUCUGGUGGAUUGCAAUUCCAGGAGCAUUUCUACUUAUCGAGAUAUAGAGUUCGGUUAGUGCGUGGACACUGGAUGUGCAGUUUGUUUUUGGUCACAAAGAGAUUGCGUGGUUGCUGUUGAAGAACAAGUCAUCGACGUUUCGGGGUGAAGUUGAGGAGGACGGAGAAUCAUGACGAGCUUGGGGAAGAUAAUUAAAGAUGAUAGGCAUCCAACCUGGCUGGUGGAUUCCAUCAUCUUGUCUGCUGUGGUGUAUAGUCCGAACCCUGCAGAGGAAUUGAAGCUGAUGGAAGCAGAAUAUGGGCUGCCGCCCACUGCCGAGUAUGAGUUUAUUUCUGACGAGGAGCUGUGUGAGAACGGAUUUGAGAACUGCAAGCAAACCCUACUCGUGGUGCGCUCACUGGCGGAUGGGCAUUACGUGGUAGCAUGUCGCGGCACUACCGACGUUAGUGACGCACUUGCAGAUCUGAAUUUUCUUCAGCGUACCCUGACCUUGAUACCUGGAGCAGCGCAUUCUGGUUUUUUGGAUAGGGCCAAGACAAUUCCGCUGGAGUAUUUUCGAAGGUUGUUGAUCCGCGGGGAGCGCAUAGUUCUUGCAGGCCACUCUCUUGGGGGUGCCGUUGCUUCGCUACUUGCUCUCAGGCUUCUUGAAGCAACUGGAAAGUGGUGUCAUGCGCAAAUUCAGUGCUACACUUUUGGCUGCCCCUUCUUCGCGGACUACCGCCUCGCAAAGUACAUCAACAAACGGUACAAACGUCACUUAAUUCAUAUUGUGUCCCGGAAUGACAUCGUGCCCAAGGUGAUGCCAGUUGCCUUCACAAUCUACACUAUUUGGGCCGGGCUUGGUGUCGGACCUCUGAGUGAACUCAUGCAUUUGGUACGCAUUGCCAUGCUCGUUGGUCAAGUGAUGAAAGUACAGCCUAGGAAGUUGCCAUUCAUUGUGGCCAGUACGCAAGCCUUGACGUGGGUACCUUCCUUGUUGCGGUUUCUCCUCCAUCGUGCGCUGGCUUUGGCUCUUUCCCAUCAAUCUGGCUACGGAUAUGCAUUUGCUGGCCACAUGGUUUUGCUUGACACAGAAACAAAUUUCCUGGAAUAUGCUGACAUGGAGCGCUGGAAGAUGGAAAAUCACUUGAGUUUCCACAUGAACAUGGGCUCGUUGGAAGGUGUGAAAGAGCACUCGUUGCUUAGUUAUAUUGACCAUGUGUUUGCGGUAGAAUCAAAUAAGCGCGCCAACGAUAGGCAGAAUAUUGAGAUAUCUGCAGCAAUUAAACAACACGAAGAGGGAGUUGAUGAUUCACCUGGCUCUAAGGUGGAGGUCUGUACCGCUACGUUGAAUAUGAAAUGGUUCAAUAAGAAGGAGAAAAAACCCCAAAAGCAGCUCCUUCUAGAAAAGAAGGACGUGAAGGAUCCCUUCGGCCAAAGGAAGACAAUCACAACGGGGAAGUUCUUAAAGAGGGAGCAGCCUAAGAAGCCGAAGCCAGCUGUCAAGGCACUGAAAAGUCGAGUGGCUUGUCUAAUUUUUGCCCGUCGCAUGGGAGAAGUGCACCCAAAGCGAUUUGAAAUGCAGAAGCGGAAGCGGGGAUUUCUUCAGCAGAUGGGAAUGGGGUUCCAUUCUUUCACCAAAUUUGUGCAUCGUUUCGAUGGCUUAUUUAUUGCUUCUUCAGCUGUGUGCGUAGUUAUUCAACUCAAGCGAUAUUUUUUCAAUUCAUCUUCCAAUUCGAAAUAACACCUCCUCUGCGGGCCUUAUCUGAGGAUUCGCAAUACCAGCUUCAUCUUCAAAAAGGCUACAAUAUGAGUUUUCCAAUUAGAGUAGUCUGGAUUCAAGUCUUGUCAUACUCCUGAUGACAUGAUGGAAGUGCUCAACAGUGUGUCGUGUGUUAGUUGCUGUCCACAUAUGCUUGCCAGCUAGACCAACUCAGAUUGUAGAGGAGGUUUUCUUUGCAGACCUCAGGUUUGAACGAUUUUCACUUGGUCCCAGUAUUCAAGUUGUUGGAUUGCGGCGACCAUGAAAACCUUGUCUUAAGUGCUCUGUAUUUUUAUUGAGCUUGUUAAUUUAGAUUCCAAGAAUGUAAAAUUCCACAUAGAUCCACAAAAAAAAAUAUGAACUCUCUAACAGAGUAAGGCCCUUUUGAAUUUC